AUGGGACCCUCCAGCACUGUAGAGGAUCAGUCCGCGAUCAUUGAUCAAGGUGCAAGAAAACCCUCCGAUACGCGAAAUGAUGAAGUGCAGGGAACCUGGGAAUCCAAAGCUGCUCAUUGGACCGAUAAUGUCUGUGUAAACCUUGGAAGCCAUGCAACAACAUCUGUUGCAGGCAAACAGCCUCCACUGCUUUGUCUACGUGGUGUUGGCAGAGAGGAACAUAUCAAGAUUGCAGACGAGGGAAGCAUGGAUAGAAGAGUUGAGGCUAGGUCGAACAGUUCGUAG